AUGUCUUCUGAUGUGAAUUUGCCCUGGAGGCCCCAGGCCCCAGGUCCAGAGGAGGAGGACCAGUGGCGCCAGGGACCAGUGUCAUUUGAGGACGUGAUGGUGGACUUCAGCAGGGAGGAGUGGCGGCAGCUGGACCCUGCCCAGAGACGCCUGUACCUGGAAGUUAUGCUGGAGAACUAUAGCCACUUCCUCUCCAUAGGGUACGACCUUCCCAAACCAGAGGUCAUCUUCAGGUUGGAAAGAGGAAAGCAGCCAUGGAUGGUGGGGCUUGACCUCCCACGUUUGAGCCGUCAAGAUGAGGAGUUUGGAUUAGAAACCCCACAACGGGCAAUUGCUGAAAAAGCUGAUCGCAAUGAUGUGAUGGGUGAAGUCACGAGAGACAAUCCAUGGUGGUGUUCCAUUGUGGACGAGCUGUGGCAGGAUGCUGACCAGAGGGAGCGAAAUCAGGAAAAUAAAAGUGAACCUGUGCAUCGUGGUGCUUUCCUCAGCAAGCCAGGAUUGAGUGGAGAGAGAGAUGGUGAUGACUGCAAGGGCACUGGGAAAAUCAUUCACACAAGGCUCCUCUUUGUCACUUCACAAAAACGAGCUCCUAAAGCUUGCUCAUGUGCAAAGACUUUGAAGCAUAACCUAGAAGUAAACAGUCAAAAUAAAAGCAAUAUCACAAAGCGCCCUGCUAAGACUAUUGGAUCUAGUCAUCUUUUAACCCAGGGUUCUUCUAAUAGUGGCUAUAAGAAUAUCUGUGCAGGAGAGAACUUCUGCAAAGGUGAUCAACAUAGAAGAGUCCUCAGCCAUAAGCAGGUACUCAUGCAUCAUCAGGUACAUACCAGGGAGAAACCCAGUGAAUGUACUGAGUCCGAGAGGGUCUUCACCCAGAAGUCAUUCCUCCUGACCCAACAGAGGAUCCAUAGUGUGGAAAACCUCCGUGAAUGCAGCAGAUAUGGAAAAGCUAUCACUCCUAAGCCCCAACUGGGCGUUUAUCUGUCAGUUCAUACAGGUGAAAUACCUUAUAUAUGCACUGAAUGUGGGAAAGUCUUCAUUCAAAGGUCAGAAUUCAUUACACACCAGAAAACUCACACUAGAAAGAAGCCCUAUAAAUGCCAUGAAUGUGGAAAAGCCUUUUGCCAGACGUUAUCUCUGUUCAGGCAUCAGAGAACUCAUAUGAGAGAAAAGCUCUACGAGUGUAGCGCGUGUGGGAAAGGCUUCUCGCAGAAAUCAGACCUCAGUAUACACCGGAACAUUCAUACCAGAGAGAGACAGUAUGCAUGUGGUGAAUGUGGAAAAGUGUUCUCACAGAAGUCGACCCUUAGCACGCACCAGAGAAUCCACUCAGGAGACAAGUCUUACGUGUGUAUCGAAUGUGGACAAGCCUUCAUCCAGAGGGCACACUUGAUCAUACAUCAGAGAACUCACACUGGAGAAAAACCUUACAAGUGCCACAGCUGUGGGAAGUCCUUCAUCUCCAAGUCCCGACUCCAUGCGCACGACCGAAUUCAUACAGGGGAGAAGCCUUACGAAUGCCACGACUGUGGAAAAGCCUUCUCUCAAAAGACACACCUCAAUAUACACCAGAGAAUUCACACCGGAGAAAGACAGCAUGAAUGCAGUGACUGUGGGAAAGCCUUCAACCAGAAGUCCAUACUCAUUAUGCACCGGAGAAUUCACACUGGAGAGAAGCCUCACCAGUGCAAUGACUGUGGGAAGGCCUUCAUUUCCAGGGCACAACUCAGAGAGCAUCAGCGAAUUCACACGGGAGAGAAACCCUACGUAUGCACUGAGUGUGGGAAGGCCUUCACCGGCAGGUCCAACUUCAAUAGACACAAGACAACUCAUGCCGGAGAGAAAUUUUGCAAAUGCAGUGGUCCUGGGAAAGGCUUUGCCCAGAACUCAAUUCUCAAUAUGCAUCAGAGUAUUCAUAAAUGA